AUGGGGGGCUUCGCACGACCAGGCCCCAUACUCAAAAGCAAAGCUACCAGAAUAGAGCGGCCACCGAAAGCAAGACGCGGCGAAGCCAGACCUGGCAAAGCCGCCCGCCCCCUCCAGGGAGGCGCCGACCGAACGCGGUGCACCGAGCUCCUGCCGCCGCCCUGCCGGGUGCCCUGGGGGGGGGAAGCUGCCCCCCGAGCUCCUCCCGUGAGCGCUGCCGCCCUCUCUUGCAGGAGGUAUGUCGCUGGCGGACAGUGUAAGUCGACAGCUAAGCUGGAGGGGAAGGUGGUGAUAAUCACGGGAGCCAACACAGGCAUCGGGAAGGAGACUGCCAGAGACCUGGCGCGACGAGGUGCGAGGGUGAUUGUCGCUUGCAGAGACGUAGCAAAGGGAGAAGCUGCAGCCAGUGAAAUCCGAGCUGACACAGGGAACCAGCAAGUCAUUGUGAAGAAAGUGGACUUGGCUGAUACAAAGUCCAUCCGGGAGUUUGCUGAGAAAUUUCUAGCAGAGGAGAAGGAACUCCAUAUUCUCAUUAAUAACGCUGGGAUAAUGUUAUGCCCUUACUCCAAGACUGCUGAUGGCUUUGAGAUGCACCUGGGAGUCAAUCAUCUCGGUCAUUUUCUCUUGACCUUCCUAUUGCUGGAGCGUCUGAAGCAGUCUGCCCCAGCCCGCAUAGUGAAUGUGUCCUCACUGGCUCAUCACGGAGGCCGAAUCCGCUUCCAUGAUCUCCAUGGUGAGAAGAGCUACAAUCGUGGCCUCGCCUACUGUCACAGCAAAUUGGCUAACGUGCUCUUCACCCGUGAGCUGGCAAGGCGGCUGCAAGGCACUAAAGUCACAGCAAAUGCUCUCCAUCCUGGUUGUGUCCAUUCUGAGCUGGUCCAGCACUCAUUUGUAAUGACGUGGCUGUGGAAUACGUUCUCAUUCCUCUUGAAGACACCUCAGGAAGGAGCUCAGACCAGUGUCUACUGUGCAGUAGCAGAGGAGCUAGACUCCGUGACAGGACAGUAUUUCAGUGAUUGCCAGCCAGCAUAUGUAUCUCCACGGGGUCGGGAUGAUGAGACAGCAAAGAAGCUCUGGAGUAUGAGCUGCGAGCUCCUCGGCAUCCAGUGGGACUGAGCAGUGCAAACCUCAACUGUGUACCUGGCUGAGCCCCGCAAUGCUUCUCCUGGGAAGAGCACUGCUGAGAGACCUCAAGACUGGAACGCUGAUACUUCAGCUGCCCUAAUGAUGGUUCUGUGGACACAAUCUAACUUCAGUUUCUAGAAUAUUACACUUAAGGAUUGAGAUUUGCAAGCAACCAGUCCCACUUCCUAGCUGGAGAAUUAGAGC